AUGGCCCAACCCCAAAACUCCCAAUUCUUCCCAUAUUUCCCACCACAUUUUGCUCCGCCGUUCCCUCUUCCCCCACCGCCACACCACCCUCCUCCCCCUCCCAAACUUCCUCCACCACCACCCAAAUCCCCACUCCCAACACCCCCACCACCGCCGCGCCACACUCCAAGCCCUCCUCUUCCGCCACCGCCUCACACAUUCUCACCGCCACCGCCGCAUCCCAUCUCGCCACCACUUCCGCCGCCGCCGCCUGACCAUUCCACCGUAGUCAUCGUCGUGUUUCUCUCCAUCGGUGGAGUGUUCUUUCUUGCAUUCGUGGCAGCCGCUCUCUUCUGCUUCAUCAAGAAGAGAAAGAAGACGAUUGUCCAAGAAACCGACAAUGUGAAAAUCGAGGAACACGUGCGCGUCCACGAAGACAUCGUGCCGGGACCGCACGGGACACAGGCGGUGGUGCUGACCAUCGACGAGGACUUGCAUGUCGAGGAAGAAAUCCACAAGACAAGUGAAGUGGUGAAAUCGAAAGGCUCACAUCUCAGUUCUCAAGCUCCAGAGAUCGGAGAAUCCACAUCAAUCUUCAAACACCAUCACAACCUCAAAGAAUGA